AUGGAGAAGACGAUAAGAAAGGCCACAAGAUCACAACCCAAGGCCAAGAAGAAGCCCAUCAAGGUGGUGUACAUCGCCAACCCGGUGCGGCUCACCGCCACCGCCGGGGAGUUCCGCGCCGUGGUGCAGCGGUUCACGGGCCGCGACGCCUGUUACUCGGGAGCCGACGACGCUGCGGUCGUCGUCGACGGCCACAACGGGUUCGGGUGCCGGUCGACGGAGAGUAACUCCGAGCACGGCGUCGCCCGGCCCGGGCCGGAUUCGGCCUACUCGGAUCCGGGCUUGUUGGAUCCCUUCAAGAGUAUUGACGAGGCUUUCUCCUCACAGCUGCUUGAGGAGUUCUCGGCCAUGUACAACAAUGGAAGUUCUGGCUUAUCCGGGUACUUGUGA